GGUAGAUUUACUCAUCGGUUGUGCUGUGGACUGUGCUUGGAAACAUGGCGGGCCAGAGCAGUCUUACAGCUUUAUUUCCCAUUCAGAGUGAACUGGACUACGCCCUGGAAGACGCCUCGUCUGAACAAGAGAAAGAAAAUCUCGUCCAUGAAUACCUGAAAAAGCUGGACGACAGAAAAGAGGAUUUCAAGGUUCCAGACUUUGCAGAAGGUCUAGAAUGGCUGAACACAGAGAAGCCGCUGUCCUUGGAGAGAGAGCUCUCUGGGAAAGUGGUGGUGCUGGACUUCUUCACCUACUGUUGCAUCAACUGUAUGCAUGUGCUGCCUGACCUCCACCUGCUGGAACAGCGGCACUCCGUCAAAGAUGGCCUGGUGGUCUUAGGCGUGCACUCCGCCAAGUUCCCCAACGAGAAGGUGCUGCGGAACGUGGAGAGCGCCGUUCUACGGUACGACAUCACACACCCGGUGGUGAACGACGGCGAGGCGCGGCUCUGGCAGGAGCUGGAGGUGUCCUGCUGGCCCACGCUGGCCAUCCUGGGCCCACGAGGGAACCUGCUCUUCUCCUUGGUGGGGGAGGGGCACCGCGAGAGGCUCUUCCUGUUUGCGGCCGCCGCACUGAAGCACUAUGGCACGAAGGGGGAGCUGAGGGACAGGGACAUAGGCAUCCGGCUCUACCGCGACUCCCUCCCCCCCUCCAUCCUCUCCUUCCCGGGGAAGGUGACCGUGGACCGCUCUGGGAAAAGUCUGGUCGUCGCAGAUACGGGACAUCAUAGGGUUCUCGUGCUGUCCACUACUGGACAAGUGCUCCACACUAUUGGCGGUCCAGGGAGUGGAUGGAAAGAUGGACACAUUUCUGAAGCCUUGUUCAGUGCCCCCCAGGGUGUGGCCAUGAAGGGAGAGACGGUUUACAUCGCAGAUACAGAGAACCACCUUAUCAGAAAGAUUGACUUAUCAGAAGGACAGGUCAGUACCCUGGCUGGGAUGGGAGUGCAGGGCACAGAUAAGGAAGGAGGAGGGAUGGGACCCCAGCAGCCAAUCAGCUCUCCCUGGGACCUGGCCUUGGGAACUGCAGGUGGCGAGGAAGACAACGUGCUUUGGAUAGCCAUGGCUGGCACACAUCAGAUCUGGGCUAUGUUUUUGGAGGAUGGGAAGCUGCCCAAGGGAAGCGAGUGUAAGAAAGGCACGUGCAUCCGCUUCGCGGGCAGCGGUAACGAGGAGAACCGGAACAACGCGUACCCCCACAAGGCGGGCCUGGCCCAGCCCUCGGGCCUGUCCUUGGCCCCAACGGAGCCCUGGAGCUGCCUGUACGUAGCCGACAGUGAGAGCAGCACCGUCAGGACCGUGUCCCUGAAGGAUGGUGCCGUCAAGCACCUGGUGGGGGGCGAGCGGGAUCCUCUGAACCUGUUUGCCUUUGGGGAUGUGGACGGAUCAGGGAUAAACGCCAAGCUCCAGCACCCUCUGGGUGUCGCCUGGAACCCUCACAACGGGCUUCUGUACGUGGCCGACUCCUACAACCACAAGAUCAAGGUGGUGGACCCGAAAUCCAAGCAGUGUGGCGUUCUGGCGGGCUCCGGAACGGCCGGCGACUCCCUCGAACCCGGGUUCGACCGGGCCACCUUCAAUGAGCCAGGAGGUCUAUGCGUGGGAGAAUCUGGGGCCGUGCUGUACGUCGCGGACACAAACAAUCACCGAAUCAAAGUCCUGGACCUGGAGGCCCAUACGGUGUCACUGCUACCAGUCAUGGCCCAAGAUGUACCGGACGCGCCGACUGCAUCGUCCGCCGCCGCAGCCCCAAGGAAGAUUCCCAAACUGCCCAAAUCUGCCGCCAGGGUGGAGGCACCAACGCUGGCAGUGUCCCCAGGCCAGACCGUGUGCGUGGACCUGGUCCUGUCCUUGCCGGACGGCACCAAGCUGACCCAGGAAGCACCCAGUUUCUGGGCCAUGUCCUCAGAAGGUAACGAGUGGCUGCUCAAGGGUCAGUGCCCAAUCGGAGACAUCGUAGAUGUUUCCCGACCCCUGACCAUCACGGCCACGGUCCCGUCUAACGCGCAGUCGCCUGACCCCACCCUGACCGUGGACGCCUACGUGUACUUCUGCAGCGCUGGGGGCGGGGCCUGCAUGAUGAGGGCGGUGUCUUUCAGGCAGCCCCUGAGCAUCGACCACGCCCCCAAAGACGGUGUGGUCAGCGUGACCAUGUCUCACUCCUUCUGACCAUUGCGGAGUCUUGAGCGGAGCCAAACACCACCCCACCCCCCUGGGCUUUGCAGCCUACACGCAUCACUCGUUUGGCCACGGGCAGCACACAAAACAAACCGCCGCAAAUGUUAACUCUUUGCUUUGCCAUUUGGCUGCUGCGCAGAAACACAAGGAUUCCAGUCUGUCCGGUUUGACGCCCACGUGUCAGGUGAAAGGUUGACACGUCGGCACAGCAUGUGGAUUUCCUGGGGCCCCCACAUUCUCAGGGGUUGCAGUUCCGUGUUUUUUUUUUACCAAAGGACCCCCCUGCUUCUUAGUGACUCUAUAUAACUAAGGGACAGUCAAAAGCCCCAGGAACAGGACAGUUUAUGUUUAUUACUUAUUUGGAUGCUACUGACUUUCAUUAUCAUUAUGCAUUAUUUGAUAACCCAGUGCUCAUUGUUGCAUAAAAUCGCCCUGGCAGUCAGUAGGGCGAUUUUAUGCAACAAUGAAAAUUGAUCUUCAUUCCUGGUCCUGGAGAGCUGCAGAGUCAGCUGGUUUUUGUUUUCACCUUAAUAUCAGCAAUCAGUUCAGGCCCAAGAAACCAGGUGAGGUGAGUUACCUUUGUAAUCGACUGCUUUAAUUGAUAAAUUAAGUGCCAAAUAGGAAUAAAAGCCCUCAGACCAUGCGGCCCUCCAGGACCAAGAAUGAAGGUGACUGCACGCGAGUUCCCUUUUGGCCUUAGCAUCGCAUGCCUGCAGUCUGCCUGCCAGAUGCACAGGAUGUGUUCUCUGACGCAAUGACUGCGCAGCUCAGCUGGUGGGCCGCAGAGUGAAAGCUGGCGACACCUGCAUUUGCGAGUUUCAGCGGAGAGCAUGUAGCAGUCUGCCUGCUCAAAUUCACCGAAGACCUCGCUGUGACUGAAUGUGCUUACACUUGCAAUUGGGCUUUCAAAAUAGAGAAAUUAAAAAGUGAACGAAAAGAAGUGCUUUUAAUACCUUCUAAGUACGUUUGAUGUAAUGCAGUUGAUGCUUCCUAUAAACAACACUGUGCACUGUUUUGUUCAUUUCUUUUGAAGAAGUUUGGUGCCUUUGAGGGGGGUGGGGGAUUGUGUCGGGUAUUGAAAGAUGUCUUCACAGUAAUUAGUCACAAGGGGUGGGGUAGGGUGGUGUACAGUUUAGGGGUCACAUUUCUAUGGGGCCUUUGGCUGGUCCUCCUGUCUAAAACGUUUCCUCUGUUUACAUCAGAAUUUACAUGGUUUUGGCCUCUCGUCCACUCUGGAUACCCGGAGCUGUGGACAGACCUUACCAGACUCAGUCAUACUCUGAGAUCUGGACAGACUGUUCUAGGGUCAGCUUUUACCUCAUUGUCAGAUGAAACCAAUGUGUGUGCAAGCACAGAACAAAGUGCCUGAGACUGACCUGAGAACAGUCUUCUGCGUGCUAAGAGCUUUUCUUCUGUGUUGUCUUCUUGCCGUGUUAAUGUGUAUUAAAUCUAAUGCAGGGUCCCCAUGAAGCGUUCAUAAAAUUUUAUGGUAUAAAUUAUUUUAUUUUUGGCCGUUCAGGGACUUUUACUUAUAACCAGUUGGUUGCUGGUUCAAGUCCUAGGUUUUGCAAUGGGAUAUGAAAAAAUAGUAAUAUUUGUUACGAUAAAAUUAGGACCUUGGGGAAUCUCUUAAAUUGUAUGAUGUGAUACUGUUUUUUGUUUUCUUUGUUUAUGUACGUACUGUGGGUAUUAUACCUUAAUGUAGGCAUGUUAUCUUGGUUUUAUUUUGUUUCAUUUCUUUAGUUGUGUGAAUUUUAGGCAGACUAGCAAAGUUUUUCUGCCUACAAUGGCUACACCUGAAAUUGAAACUACACCUACACAUGUUUUUGUUUUGUAUCCUCAUCAAAUUCAUGUUGAUUUCCUCCUGCAUACGGUUAAAAGAAUCAGGGGAGGUAGUCCUCUACAAGCUUUGGAUUCAGGGAAGAUUUUGGUUUAACAUAGAAAAUGAGUUUAAUCCUGCAAAGAAUGUGGGUUCUCAAGUUUUCUGUUGAGUUGAGUUCUUGGUUAUUAUUAUGCCCUCUCCAAUACUGUAGGUCAUCAGGUCUCCCUGUAAGAUGUGCUCUGGCACCUGAGAGAUUACUUAAAUAUUUAUUGUAAUAUGUGCUUUACCUAGAUUUGGAUAUUAAUAUCUGAUGUACUGGCAGGCACUAUGCUGAAUACUGUAACAUUCAUUGCUAUUUGCACCUGCUUUUAUAUUCACUGAACUCAAAGUUUUUAAAAGAAGUGUGCACAUUCUUACUAAAAUUAUGAAAUUCUGCACUUUUUGCAGUGUAAUAAUAAAGCUUGUAUUUUAUCUGUAAAGUGCUGUCUGAACUGCAUGUCCUGUUUUCAUGAGUGACUGAGUGUUAGUUUGGUGAGACACUGUAAGAAACCAGACUAUAUUUGCCAUAGUGUCUUCAGUAUUUUUUAUAAGUUCAAAGAAAAUCAAUGCUUGCUGCUAGUUUUCAAAUGGAAAAUGGCUUUUAUAUACAGGAAAUCUAGCAGACUGCAGUUUUUUUCCCCACUAUAACAUUUUACAACAUGGCAUACUUGCCUGUAAAAUUUGUAAACUUAUUUGCAAUGAAGCAGAAACUGCUUAAUUGCUGGGAUGCUAAGUUACUGAGCGCUGUGGGAAAAAAAUUCUGAAAACACUUUGAGGCAGAGAAUUGAUUUUGAAACUCAUAAUCAAUAUAAUGGUCUUGUGACAGUCCCUGCAGGGCAAGGCCAGAACCCGAGAUGGUAACAGAUAGAUUCUGACAGUCCCUGCAGGGCAAGGCCAGAACCUGGGAUGGUAACAGGUAGAUUCUGACAGUCCCUGCAGGGCAAGGCCAGAACCUGGGAUGGUAACAGGUAGAUUCUGACAGUCCCUGCAGGGCAAGGCCAGAACCUGGGAUGGUAACAGGUAGAUUCUGACAGUCCCUGCAGGGCAAGGCCAGAACCUGGGAUGGUAACAGGUAGAUUCUGACAGUCCCUGCAGGGCAAGGCCAGAGCCUGGGAUGGUAACAGGUAGAAAAGGGGCGUCUGGGAUGCCAAGGCCCAGAUGGAGCUUAUGUUCUGCACUCUCACCAGCACUGACAGUGAACUGAGCUUGUGUGGCCCUGGGAGAUCCUGAUCUGCUCAUUUAUUGUUAAUAGUGGGUUGAUUCCCAACUAGAACCGUAUUACUUUUGAAGUUUACACUGUCGUAUAACACUUUGGUGCAUUCUGAUGCCUGGGGAAUAUCUGACAUUUUUGGGGUAGUGAAAAUAUUUUGAGGAAUCCGAAUCUUAUGAUUUGGUUUGUUGGUCUCGUAUACGAAGUCGACUGGCUGCUCUCUCGGCCAAUCGAAGGCCUUCAGUCUGAGCAGCAGUUCAUUUGGUUUCACAAAUGUUUUGAAACACGGUCCUUAUGCCCCUCUGUACUUAUUUUUGUUACAGAUAAUAUCUUAAUCAAUUAAGACCUGACUGAUCUCACUUGUCAAUGAUUGAAUUGAUUUUAUAAUGUAACUACUUUCUGAAGGAAUCCUUUGCCUCGUAGCGUAUUAAAGAGAAGCAUUGCUUGAUCUGA